AUGUUUCUUCUCUACUAUGGGGGGCUUAUAUGUGCCGUCGCCGCUCUCCAGCCUCUUCCGCCAGUGCAAUGGACAGAAGAAAGCACAACACCUGGUUUCUCGCUCACGGGGGCGCCGAAAUCGAUCUACAUAGAUCGCUCGUUUUCUGAUAACGUGGAUACGGACGGACUGACACUCAUACCUCCAACUGCGUAUGAGUUCGCGGAGACGUUUCGCGAAGACCUAUCUUCGCUUCUAAACACGUCCUUCACGCUUGAGGAAGUGGACCAAUUUCCACCUGUCGGGAUAUUCCUCGGACCAUUCAGGGAAAAUGGUACGCAGUUGACCUACGAGAAUGGGCUGGCGACAUCAGAAGGCUACGAGUUGGAGAUUAAAAGCGCUGCUAUAUACAUCGGAGGGACCGGCUCUCGAGGAAUGUUUUGGGGAACCCGAACGCUGCUCCAACAAAUACUCAUCGCAAAUGGGACCAGUCUCCCUCUUGGCCGUACCGUCGAUGCGCCUGCCUAUGCGACUCGCGGCUACAUGCUCGAUGCUGGGAGGAAAUGGUACUCUCCCUCGUUUCUCAAGGAACUAUGCACCUAUGCAUCUUUCUUCAAGAUGUCUGAGUUCCAUUAUCACUCCAGCGACAACUACCCCCUGAACAGAGGACAUAAUGAGACCUGGAAUAAGGUGUUCUCGCAAUUUUCGCUCUAUCCCGGGAACCCGGAUCUCCAAGGCAUCAUACAGCGCAAAAAUGAGACGCUCUCUCGAGAGGACUUUGAAGACUUCCAGAGACAUUGUGCGCAGAGGGGCAUCACUGUUAUUCCUGAGAUUGAAGCACCAGGCCACUGUCUGUCAAUCACCAAGUGGAAGCCGGAGCUUGCGCUUGCAAAGAAAGACCUGCUGAAUCUGUCACAUCCGGAUGCUAUACCAACGGUGAAAGCUAUUUGGGCUGAGUUCCUGCCGUGGUUUCAAACUAAGGAGGUACACAUCGGAGCAGAUGAAUACGAUCCAACUCUGGCGGAUGACUAUAUCAACUUCGUUAAUGAGAUGUCUGAUUUCGUCAACUCGACUUCAGGAAAGCGCAUCAGAAUAUGGGGCACCCAUGAACCUUCCGACAAUCUCACCAUAUCAAAGGACAUCAUCAUCCAGCACUGGCAGUAUGGCCAGUCCGACCCCGUUCAACUGCAACGCGACGGCUAUGAUCAAAUCAACUCGGAGGACUGGUGGGCAUACAUGAGUCUCAAGAACGACCACACUCCUAUUCUACCCGCUCCUUAUCCGCAAUUCUACAACGUCACAAGAACCAUGAACUUCGCGAAUGUUCCGGAUUGGCAAUGGGAGCCGUCUCUUUUCAACCCUGUGAACAGGACCGAGCAGUUGGGACCAGGUGCUAGUGGCAACAGGGGAGCUAUCCUGGCCGCAUGGAAUGACAAUGGACCUGAUGCAACAACUCAACUCGAAGCAUACUACGCCAUGCGACAAGGCAUACCCGUGGCGGCGGCAAGGGCGUGGUCCGGAGCACGCGGCGUUCAAAUCGACGCUUCUUUGCUAGACGCUUCUCUCGAAUUGCUCACCUCUAGAGCGCCAGGGCAGAACCUUGAUCGGCGGCUUCCACACGCUCAGACCGAUCCACAGACCGGCCCGCUGAUAUCAUGGGCGCGUCCGGCACCCAACUCAGUCACCACAAACCUUGGACUAGGCUCCUACGGCCCUCCAUACACUCUGACUUUACGCAUUUCUUCCCCUUUCACCCUCAAAGGCCCAGACACUUCCCUCUCCCUCUCAACCAUCGCCACAAACACAACAACCACCACAACCCUCCUCUUCACCACAAACGACAACUUCCCCUACCCGCUCCGCUCCCUCUCAGAAUCCGACGGACAGGAUCCCGGCCACCCGGGCCGCAUCUGGACUAACCAAACCACUUCUUCUCAUGUUCCCGUGCAAAUCGACCUGCCCGCGACGCUUCGGAUUGAGACGGAUGUUGUUAAUGGGAGUAGGGUGUGGUUUGAUCAGGAGUUUGCCGGACGGUUCGAGGUUUUUGUGUUUGGCGGGAGGAAUACGUUGUUUAGUUGGAGUCAGAUGGCGCUUGUGGCGCCGUUGGAGGUGGUGGAGGGGGGAGUGGAGAGUUUGGUUUUGGAGAGGGGUGUUGGUCAUGCGGGAAGGGGAGGUGGAGGUGGUGGUUUUAAUGCGCCGGUGGGUUCGGGUGCGGUUGGAAGGCGGGCUACAGGUGGGCUGGUACUGUCUAUGGUCGUCGCGGCCAUUGCAUUGCUUGUGUUAGGAUGA